AUGUAUGCAUCCCUUGUGGCACCUGAUACAAAUGAAGAAUUGCACUUACUUCGCGAUGGCAAAACACGUUCUACAACCGGUUCUGUCGUUUCUUCUCUAUACCAUCUUAAAGAUGUCGAUAAUUCGGAUGCCGGAUUUUUCGUAUUUCCAGAUUUGUCCGUGCGUAUGGAAGGGACUUAUCGUCUUAAACUAAGUCUAUUUGAAAUAGUUGCAAAGGAAUUAGAACAAAUUGAAGACGCAGAUGGCAGUAGAUUGAAACGUGCACGUGGCGACGGUAAAUACGAUGAUGAUAGCCACGAAUCGUCAGAAACGGAAAUAACGGAUCGUACGCGAUCUAUAGAAGAUUCACGUUCAAGAAGAAGUCCAGAAUCAUUAGAAAGGCGAAGGGAUCACGGAAGAAAAAGUCCACCAUCUUCCCGUCAUCGAGGUCCUUAUGAUCCGUAUGGUCAUUAUGAUCAUAACGCCGCCAUAUACGGGCAUGGAUAUCCUUUGCAUCGACCCCUUCCACCAUGGCACGACCGAGAAUAUAUGGGUGAUCCGCAUUACCCCUAUUAUGAUCCGUAUGAUAGAAGAUAUGGUUAUCAUCCGUAUUAUUACCCGCCUCCAUUGCCAGAUGGUUCGGACCAUCAUCGUUAUCCAUAUCCUCCUCCGCCCGCAUAUGGUAGACCUCCAAUGUAUCCAGGUCAACCGGGAUAUUACGAUCCACCGCCAAGAAUACCUCAUCCUUCGAACGAAUCUUCAGGUGCUGUAAGACCUUACGGAUAUGAUCCAUCAAAUCCAUAUUCUCCACGUCCAUGGCAUCAUUAUGGUGAUCGUACACCGACGAAACAUAGCACUGAAUCAUUGUCUUCUCCUUAUCGUGGAAAUGGCCCGCCAGUACCAAUGCAUGGUCCUCCAAUGUAUCCGUAUCCUGAUUAUUAUCCUGUAUAUCCUCCACCACCUAUGGGCCCUCUUCAUCCCCCUCCGAAACAGGAUUAUGGACAAAGUGAUCCUGCUUCGAGUCAGCAUGGACAGAACCCUUCAAAAAUUCCUAUUCAAGAUCUUUUAUCUACUGAACAACAUCAAUCUCAAUCUACUGCCGAACGUGGUGUUGCCAACGUUCCACCACCUCGUAUGUAUGGUGCUCCACCAUCCGCCUUUGCUCAUUUUUAUCCCCAUCCAGGCCGUCCACAUGAAUAUCCACCACGGCAUGACCUGUAUGGUCAUCCCCGAUAUCAACAUGAAAUGGGAUAUCCAUCUCAUGAGAGUUAUGGACAAAACAUUGCCACUAGUUCAAGUUCUGCAAGUACUAAAGCUGCACAUCCACCUACAGUAUCGCAACCACAAGACUCUGCACGUUCAUCAACAAUUACUUCAACUCAAGCAGCAAUUCCACCGUCUACUUAUUCCAGUGGACCCAUAGUUCCAGCCGCAUCACGUCCAGCAGCCAACCCACAUCACGACAUUCACCAUAUGAACUAG